GGGGGUGUUCAGAGCUACAGUCAGUUUCAUAGUCACUUUUGUGAAGUUGUAGCCUAGUGUGCCAAUUAAAAGGGGAGACUGUUGAAAAUAACUGUUUUAUUUUCCCUGUUUAAGCAAGACCCUAGUUAAAGGUAGCACCAUGAGACGCAGCAUGAUCAGCUCAACAACGGCUUCACUGGGUGGGGGGUUAGGUGGCGGGAGGAGUCUGGCUGGGGGGCAGAUCAUCUCCAGGUCCAGUUUCUCUGGCUCAAGCCAACAGUUUGGAGGAGGAGGAGGAGGAGGCCUGGGGUUGAGUUCCUUCAGUGGGUCAGCCAGAGGUUCGGCCUCAAUGUCUCUGUCCGGGAUGUCAUCCGGCGCUCUCGUUGCCAACGAGAAGGAGACGAUGGCGAGCUUAAACCUCCGGCUUUCUGCCUACCUGCAGAAGGUGAAGGAUAUGGAGGAGGCGAAUAACAAGCUGGAAAUGCAGCUGAAAGAAUUCCAAGUUGGGAAGGCCAUAACUGGCAUUGACUAUGCUGCUUACGAUGCAGUGAUCAAACCACUGAGGGAGCAGAUACUGGCACUUCAUCUUGGAAAUGCACGCCUGGCUCUCGACCUUGACAAUGCAACUCUGGCUGCUAAGGACUUCACAAACAAAUAUGAGAAUGAGCUGUGCAUCAAACAGUCUGUGGAAUGUGAUAUUGCAGACCUGAAGGCGCUGAAAGAUGAAUAUAUAUUGAAUUACAGCAAUUUGGAAGGUGAUAUAGCGGCAGCAAAUGAAGACCUUGCAAGUCUGAAGAAGAACCAUGAAGAGGAACUGGCUGAACUGAAAGAGCAAGUGACUGGUACAGUUAGCGUGGAUGUUUCCGCUGAAACCAGCACUGAUCUUUUAAAGCAACUCAACGAAAUGAGGGACAACUAUGAAGCCCUUUGCAAGAAGAAUGAAAAUGAGCUUGACAUUUGGUACAAAUCACAGGUUGAAACACAGACGGAGCAGACUGUUCAGGUCAAUGAAGCAGUGAAAACCUCAAAACUCGAGAUUAAGGAAUUAAACAGUCAAAUUCAGGCCCUUGAGGCCGAAUGCCAUUCUCUGCUCAGUGGGAAUGCUUGCUUGGAAGCCAACAUUCAGAAUAUUAAUGACGCGUACUAUGGAAAACUGGAGGCCCUGAAAGUGACCAUUUCCAGAUUGGAGAUGGAGCUGAUGAACUUGAGAAGUGAACUCGACCAGAAGGGUAAAGAUUAUGCGAACCUACUGAACAUCAAGAUGAGACUUGAGACUGAGAUUGAGAAUUACAAGAAGCUUCUUGAUGGAUCAACUGUUAGUCUCAACCAAAGUGACACUAAAGAAACGUCGAACCAGUACAACUACAACAAUAAGGACUGAAACACGCACCGUGACAUCGUAUUAAUGGCCCUGGGCUUCAUCCCAUCCCCGACACAUCUCUCCUGGAAUCCCGAUGACCCGAGUAGAUUGUCUUCCUUGCAUUUUGGAUAACAGAUUGUACUGUUGACGUUUUUGUUUUGGGUGCUGUUUCUACAAAACCUGCAUCACUUGCUGACUCUCUCUGAGGUGUAAUGGUGUUUUUGUAAUGGUGUAUCCCUCGUGCUUUGGAUGUGAAUCUUCCAUUUUCAUAUUUUUACCUUUUCGCUGAGGUUCUCUCUGUGAAUCACAUGAUGGCAUAGGGUGGGGAGGAAUUAAUAAACAGGCUGCAACCCA